AUGUCUACCAUUGGAGAAACCGCUGACUGGGACUCUGUACUCCAUUCUAUGAUUGUGGCAGAAAGCUUACGAAUUGAACAACUGCCCGAGGCCGUGCUUUCACUAUCCGAGGACUCUGGCUCUGGGACAGCAACCGUACCUCAACUACCAACGCCUCCGCCAAGCACACUCUUGCCUACUCCCUUUCCCUUGGCUCCUUUACGCCAUAUCUCUACUACUGAACCCGAAACUACCACAAAUGAGCACGUUGCAGACGAAGAAACAAUUAUUGCCGUUUCGACAACUUUCUUCCCUGGCGCUCCGAUUCACCCGCUACCUCCUGAUACUUUUCUCGUCUCCUCAGAUUCAAUAUAUUUCUUCAUUAGCUCCGUCAUUCUACUCAACGCUUCUUCGAAUGCGUUCGAUGAUCUGCUCACGCCGACCCUUGGAAGGCAGAGCGUAGGCGCCGGAAAAGUGGUGAGCCUCACGGAACACUCUGCUGUCGUUAACGUCGUCCUUCAUGCCGUUUACGACAGGCCGUGUUCCCACCAUUCACCUGCUUUCGAGUCGCUGGCAGCCGCAGUGGAAACAAUGCCCAAGUAUGGUCUAUCCCCCUACACAUAUGUCGCACCGAUGACCCCGCUUUACUCUCUUUUCUUGAUGCAUGCACCUCUGCGUGCGCUUGACCUGUAUGCUCUGGCCGCCAAGCACAAUCUCCAUGACCUCGCCGUGCCGACGUCAUCUCACCUUCUAUCCUUGGCUCUGCCAUCUCUUACUGAGGACAUAGCGGAGCAGAUCGAUGCGAUAUAUCUCAAGCGAUUGUUCGUGCUGCACAUGAGCCGCACGGAGGCUCUGAAGCGCAUCCUGAAGCCACCAGGCCCACACCCGCACGCGCCGACCGCGUCUUGCAAUUUUGACGAUCAGAAAAGGGUCGCGCGUGCGUGGCUGCUUGCCUCUUCGUACCUUGCGUGGAAUGUUACACCAGGUGCGAUCGAAACGGCACUGGCGCCCUUGCAGGAGUCUGUAUCGUGCACCUUAUGUCGACAUACCCUCAAAGAGCACCUUAGGACCGUCAUCGUGCAGUGGUCCAUGGUAAAAAGCACAAUCUGA